GGAAAUUUCUACACAAACCAAUGUCAGUCCUAGAGAACUGGACAAAACAUUGAAAUCAUUGGUUGAUGUAAAGCUUUUACUUUCAUCUGAGGUGAGUUACAAUCGUUGACAAUUAAUACACGCAGCAAGAGGUCAUAUUCGUAUUAUUUCCUCCUCAUUUUUAUUGUUUCUUGCAACCAAUGAAAAUGGGUAAAGUGCGUACAUAAUUCUGGAAGUUAAAUUAGUGAUGAUCCAUUCUUCCCUUACUACCAUACGCGCACGUAUCGGGGGAGGGUAAAGGCGUGGGGGGGGGGGGCAAGAUCAGGGAAACAAACUAAAAAGCAAGAAAUAUGUAAGAUAAUAUUGAAAUUGUAAGGAAUAGGUAUAUUGAAAAAACAUGUUAAGCCCUUCGGAAAUUCCACUCCCCCUUUUAAAAGGCGCACUUUUUGGAACAAGACUGUACCUUUUCUAACCAGGUUUUAUUUUGCAGUACAUAAAAAAUUUUCUUAUACAUUGUUUUAUCUUUUUUCAGGCAAGUGAAUUUGCAAAAUCAACGUUAUCAAUCAACACUGAAUUUUCUAGCAAAAGAACAAAAUUAAAGAUUACAGUUCCUGUAUUGCGUGAAACGGCUCAGGUUAGACACUUCUUAAAAGUACACGAACUUUUAAAUGCUAUUACCUCUCGUCUGCUUCCGUUCAAGUCAGUAGAAUUCUCGAUUUUAUAUUCUGUUGACACGCCACGUCCGUCAACCAUGCCUAUUAUUUUGAACGACGAAAUUGGAUAA